CUCGCGGGAUUUGGCAGACGGGUUCUCGCGAGUCUGGGCAACGGGGCCGCGAUUGGCUGACGGUGUCUGAAUGUAAGAUGGCGCCCAGGGAGCUGUGAGGCGAAAAUAAUCUAUCCAGGAAAAAAAGGAAGAAUCGUUAAUACAGAGAAAACAGGAAGUCUCCAAGGAAGCCGAGGCCGGACACGGAGUUAGAUCGGUAGGAUCCGGCUUUCGUGGUUUGAGGUGGCGGAGGAAACGGCAAGGCCGAACCGGGGAGAGCUUGCCUGCGGGCGACGAGCGGGCGGAGCAGCGGCAUCAGCGCCAGCACGGGAUUUUACGCUAUGAAUAAUUCUCUAGAGAACACCAUUUCGUUCGAAGAAUAUGUCCGGAUGAAGGCGCGGACGGUUCCCCAGCACAGGAUGAAGGAAUUCCUGGACUCCUUGGCUUCCAAGGGCCCUGAUGCGUUGCAAGAAUUCCAUCAGCCUCCCACCACGACUAUGGUCUAUCAGCAGGGGGGUAACUGCAUUUAUACAGACAGCACUGAAGUGGCGGGGUCCUUGCUGGAACUAGCCUGUCCGGUUACUUCAAGUGUGCAGCAGCAGCAGGCACAGCAGGAGCAGCAGAUCCAGCAGCAACAGCAGCAGAUUCUUGAAGCACUUACAAGGCCUUGGAAUCCUCUCAGCACUUGCCCUCAACUGAAUCGAAUCAGCCUCUCCCCUGAGGGGUCCCAGGACUCUGGUAUUUCAGAAGAUUUGUUGGUACAACAGUCUCCCCAGCAGCUUUCUCCACAGCUCAGUGUUCAUACAUCUAAUGAUCAGUCGAUCCAAGUUCAAGUACCGAUCCAGGGCUCUGCACAGUCGCAAACCCCACAAUCGGCGCAGUCACUACAGACUCAGUCCCUGCAGACCCCCAGCCCCUCUCAGCAACUUUCUAACUCCCAGUUACAGAUCCAAGUGCAGCAUGUUCAGGCUGGCCAGCAGAUCCAGGCUUCCGACAUCCAGGAUGAACAUAUCCAGCACCAGCAGAUCCAGGCACAACUGGUUGCAUCACAGUCCGUUGGCAGCGGCUUACAGAUAUCUGCAACAGGAGCACUGUCACCCCCACCUACCCAGCAGGGCUCCCCGAGGGAAGGAGAACGUCGAUCCAGCUCCUCCAGCGUCCUCCAACCGGUUAAGAAACGUAAAGUGGACAUGCCCAUCACUUUGUCAUAUGCAAUAUCAGGCCAACCAGUUGCUGCUGUCCUGGCUAUUCCCCAGGGGCAGCAGCAAAGUUAUGUGUCCCUGAGGCCAGACUUGCUGACUGUGGACAGUGCUCACCUUUAUGGUGCUGCUGGGACCAUUACAAGCCCAACAGGAGAGACAUGGACCAUCCCGGUUUAUUCUGCUAAUGCCCGCAGUGAUCUGCAACAGCAGAACAUCACCCACAUCGCUAUCCCUCAAGAGGCUUACAAUGCCGUCCAUGUAACCGGCUCUCCCACCACUGUGGCAGCUGUAAAGUUAGAGGAUGACAAAGACAAAAUGGCCAAAAACGCUCAUGAGGAGGCGGUUCAGACUUUGGCAAACUCCCUGUUCCCUGCCCAGUUCAUGAAUGGGAAUAUUCACAUUCCAGUGGCAGUACAGGCUGUGGCCGGGGCCUACCAGAAUACAGCACAGACUGUCCACAUAUGGGACCCGCAGCAGCAGGCAACACUACAUGAGCAAGUUCAGCAGCAGCAACAUCAGCAGCAGUUGCAGGCUCAAGCAGUUCAGGUUACAGAGGUUGAGCAGCAACCCCAACCUUCCCCCGAAAUAAUGCUUCCCAAUACCUUGAAACCAGAAGAGGGGCUUGAGGUGUGGAAGAACUGGGCACAGACCAAGAAUGCAGAGCUGGAAAAAGAUUCUCACAACAGAUUAGCACCCAUAGGAAGGCGUCAGUUGCUGCGGUUUCAGGAGGAUCUGAUAUCCUCCGCAGUUGCUGAAUUAAAUUAUGGAUUGUGUCUCAUGACGAAGGAAUGUCGGAAUUCAGAAGGGGAACUGUAUGAUCCAGACAUACUUUAUUAUAUUUUUCUUUGCAUUCAAAAGUACCUUUUUGAGAACGGAAGAGUCGAUGACAUAUUCUCAGACACGUACUACAUGAAGUUCUCGGAGUGGCUUCACGUAGUUCUCAAGAACUUUCAGCCACGAGUUACGUCUCUUGGAUACGUUAUCCCCAGUCAUGUAACUGAAGAGAUGCUCUGGGAGUGCAAGCAGCUUGGGGCACACUCUCCUGCAACACUACUCACGACACUUAUGUUUUUUAACACAAAGUAUUUUUUGUUAAAGACAGUCGACCAGCACAUGAAAUUAGCCUUUUCUAAAGUACUAAGGCAAACAAAAAAGAAUCCUUCCAACCCAAAAGAUAAGAGCACGAGUAUCCGGUACCUGAAAGCACUUGGCAUUUCUCAAGGAGGGCAGCAGAAAGGUAUUCCAGUCACAGAUGAUAUGUAUGCAGAACAGACUGAGAACCCGGAAAAUCCAUUGAGAUGUCCCAUUAAACUCUAUGAUUUCUACCUCUUCAAAUGCCCGCAGAGUGUGAAAGGUCGAAACGACACAUUUUACUUAACCCCAGAGCCCGUGGUAGCCCCUAACAGCCCAAUCUGGUACUCUACUCAACCAAUCAGCAGAGAGCAAAUGGAACAGAUGUUGACCCGAAUUCUGAUCAUCCGAGAAAUCCAAGAAGCCAUUGUGGUUGCAAGUGCCAGCAACAUGCACUAAAUUAUUUCCAGCCACGUGUGAUAUGUAAAAGGAAUCCUGUACAGACUUUUACACUAAAGAAGAUGCCUACCUUUUUUUUUAUUUUAUUAUAAUUAUUAUUAUUGGUGUAGUUAUGGAGCCCCUUUUAGGCUUCUUAUGUUUAAAAUAAAGUAUAAGAGAAAAACAACCAUAAUGUGCAUCUUAAAAAAAAAAAAAAAAGUUAUUCAAAGAUUUUGGAGUUCCAGAUUAUAAGACUAAAUUGGUACUUGAAGACCUUUUUUAAAUUCUUUAAGCGUAGGGGGCAGGUAGAAACAUUUCACAAGUAAGAAGCUUUUGGGCAGACUCCAUAUGCUUUGAAGGAACAUUGAAUGGACUUACUAUGAAGGGAACUAUCCAUUUCUUUGGCUACCAUAUAUACAAAGUUUUCUUCUGUUUUUCGUUACCAGUUCCCUAGUUUUAUACAGUUACAUAUAUAUAUAUAUAUAAAUAUAUAGACAUGUUUCAGAAACAAUGAUUCACGUUAACCUGAAUAUCGCAUUUUGUUUUCUUUUGUGGCCCAGAUGUCAAGGCCUUAAACUGCGGACAUGUGAGCCUAUGUAAAUAUCCUGUAAUAUAAACUUGUGUAUCUGCUGCACAUAUCUCAAUAUUUCGCCAUUGUUCUUAUGCUCCUUGUUUUAUUAAGAAUGACAAGCACGUCUUUUUAACAUG